AUGGACUCGAGUCGCUUAUCACCGACAUCACCGUUGACGCCAGACCGCUCCUGGUCCCAACCCUGCUCUGUCAAAAAUGAAUCCCCAUUUGACCUGCCUGGAGCGUCAUCCCAUUCGCAUGAUACGCCAUUCCAGAAUAAGGCCAGCAUCGUCAACCCCGAAUCCACCCAUUUCAAUCAUCAUGUUUCCGAAGCUUUCUAUUCUGCUUCUUCGGAGCAAUCCUACGAUUUUCGCGCCGCCGCGAAAACCUCGGCAAUCUCAAGGUUAUGGGGUGGCGCCGGCGCGGCAGCCACUGCUCUGCCAGCAUGCGGCCGGCAGGGAUGUGGAGUUGACGGACUGGCAGCUCUUAGCCGGCCGUUGACCGGCGGCGUCAGCAUUGACGAGGUAAGCCUCUGCGUUGCUGGCGCUGUAAUUUCCGCUCUCGCUUUCCGCAUUCCGUCAUCCCCAUUCCGCCAUUCCCGAAUCUGCCAUCCCUCUCUUCCGCGAACGAUUCCCCCUCCUUACCCGCAGGUUCGGGCAGCCUUCGAAUCCUUGUCUGCCCGGCACCCCGUCCUGUCUGCCCGGAUUAUCAAGCCGCCCAAGUCCCAACGGCCCGAGCUCCACGUGUGCCGACCUCCUCAACCAAUCACCGUGAGCGAGUGUGACACUGCUGACGUGGCAGCGGCGGAUGAUCCGGAUGGCCAGAAUGGAUUGCUGCAUCGUGUGGUCGAAACGGAGCUAAACACUCCCAUGAUCGACGGUCGGAAUCAUCCCGCGGCAACGAAUAUUAGAGAUAAGGGCGAGGCGUGUGUUGACGUGUUCCAGGUCCACGUGUACGCGUCCCAUUCGUCCACGCUCGUCGCGCUCCGCACGCACAUCGCCGCUCUGGACGAGCAUUCGGCGCCGCCCAUCGCGGCGGAAUUCCUGGAAGAACUGCGACGCAUGAGGAAACAUCUGGACCGCGGCUCGUCAUCAUCCCCAUCCUCCUCUUCCUCCUCUUCCUCCUCUUCCUCCUCUUCCUCCUCUACCUCCUCUCCUUCCUUCUCUUCCCCAUCUCCCUCCUUCCCCCUCACUUCCUCUGAAGAUCUGACAGCCGCUCCUUCCCUUCCUCCUCCCCUCUCGGCGCUCCUCCCCAAGUCUAUCUCUGUUAAGAGCGCAUCCGUUAAAGGCACAUUCGCGCAAGCCUUCAACGCCGUGGGCUACGUGCGCAACGCCCUCAUUUCCUCGCACCUUCCUUUUGAGCCUGGCCGAGCUGAUUCGAGGAAGAACUCUUUUGCAACGCAAUUCGUUACAGUCACAUUCAGUAAAGAAGAAACGGCCGCCCUUCUGGCCGCAGCGGAGUCGCACGGGUGCUCCCUGUUCUCCCUGGAGUGCGCAGCAGGCCUCAAAGCUGCCGCCCGGAUGAAGCAACUGGGCGGCAGAACUGAGGUUUUCAGCCUCGGAAGUGCCAUUGGUUGUCGCACGGUUCUCGACCCGCCCCUUCCCCAGACCGCCUUGGGCGAGUACAUGUCCAUGCUGCCACUCAAGCAAGAGGUUUCUGAGAAGUUGCCCCUCUGGGACGUUGCCACGUCAAUCAGCGCCCAUGCUGAGUCAGCGCUGCAGCGGCAGCAGCAGUUCACCGACAUGCCGGUUCUUGAGCUGCUCUUCUCCACGGUACGUGAGGAGUUUGAGGAAAAAAAAGUUGGGUUGUCUCAGUCGUAA